UACUAGCACUGCCGAACGUAUCUAGCGUCAAAUCAAGCGGCAGCUUACGGAGAUUGCGUAUCAUGUUUCACUGUUGAAAAAAAAAAAAAAGGCAGAAGGAGGUUGUUGUUGUUUGGUGACAGGGAGAAGAAAAACGAGAAAGAGACACGAUGCUGGUGAAACGGAAAUAAUAUAUUUAUCUGUACACCUAUUGGAGAACCUGUACAGAGUGGUUAUAAAUGUGCUUUUAAUCUGCUGGAGAUGGAAAAGGGGACAGCGACCUGCCUGACCAGUGGAGCCUGUCUCUAGAGGGAACACUGCUACCUCCUCGGAGUGCCAUGACCACAGGAGAGUGCUGCCAUCUGCCCGGCUCGCUGUGUGACUGCACUGGCAACGCGGCACUGUCCAAAACCGUGGAGGAGUCCGACAUCCGAAGGGCGCAGUACGUCACACAGGUCACUGCCAAGGACGGCAGGCUCCUGUCCACAGUCAUCAAAGCGCUGGGGACACAAAGCGACGGGCCCAUUUGCCGAAUCUGCCAUGAGGGGGGCAGUGGGGAAGGGCUGCUCUCCCCAUGCGAUUGCACUGGGACCCUGGGCACUGUCCACAAGAGCUGCCUGGAGAAGUGGCUCUCCUCCUCCAACACCAGCUACUGUGAGCUGUGCCACACAGAGUUCACUGUGGAGAGGAGGCCCAGGCCCCUGACCGAGUGGCUACGAGACCCCGGCCCACGCAACGAGAAGAGGACGCUGUUCUGUGACAUGGUGUGCUUCCUCUUCAUCACCCCGCUGGCUGCCAUCUCGGGCUGGCUGUGUCUGCGGGGUGCCCAGGACCACCUCCAGUUCAACAGUCGGCUGGAGGCCGUGGGGCUCAUCGCGCUCACCAUUGCACUUUUCACCAUCUACGUCCUCUGGACUCUGGUUUCAUUCCGCUAUCACUGUCAGCUGUAUACGGAAUGGAGGCGAACCAAUCAGAAGGUCUGCCUGAUGAUUCCUGACGCCAAGGGCGCACACUCUACCCAGCAGUCCUUGCUCUCUGCCAAGCUGAUGAAGAAGACGGCUGACGAGACCAUCGUAUGAAGCCCCCCGGGUGGGAGUGGGGAAGAGGAGGCGUUGGGCUGAGCAGAAUGGACUUGAUCCUCAUCAUGCCUCACACGCCAACUCAAGUUUAAAAAAAAAAAAAAAAAAAUUUAACUAUAAACACUAACCUUCCUCCAAAAUUGCAUUUCCCUUUGAACAAAGCCAACAAAAUCUGAAGUGUUUUCAUGACCCCUUCCUGUUGGUCGGCACAGAUCUUCCAAACAUUGGGUUAAUCCCGCCUACAGGUUUCCCAGUAAAGAUGGGGUCGGAUCGCUUUGAUGGCAUCUACCAGUAUAGAUGGCAUACGUAAUCUUUACCUAAAAUAUAUAUAUAGUUUUUGUUUUGUUCAACGCAGCCUGCUUCAUGUAACGUUCUUUUUUGAUAACCAAUUGCAACAAAUGACUCUUUACAUGCGUUCAAGGCCUUCCAUUUGGGUGGCAACAGUUGGCACUGGAUCUCCUGCCCAGUCUUGGGAGGCUUGGCUGUUCUCCUCCAGGUCUGCUGGAUGAACAGGGUAAAGUGACACGAGAUGGAGAACGUUGUCCGGCCAGCCUGAGUCGGUGGUGGCUUUUACAUGAUCGAAGUGGAGGACGGAGGUUUGUGACGAGUCUGACCUGUUUGAAGUGUAAAAGUGAUUUCUCCUUUCUCCUACACCUCCAUGGUUGCCGGGAGUGACUUAUCGUCCCGUGGAGGGUGCAAUAAACAUUUAGAGUACUGUCCUUCUCGUUCUUGUGGUGUGAAAUGGACACACAAACCCACGGUUUUGCAUGCAUGCACAUAAGAUUGUUUGUUUGUUUGUUUGUAGGGAAGAAAACAUGUUUCUUAAAUCCAAUUUAAAAAAAAAAAAAAUUAUAAUUUAAAGACCCAAGCCAUGCAACUUCCAAAAAAAAAACAAAAAAAAAAAACUGUGCUAUAUUUGAAAGGAGAGGCUCUGGAGACCAGGUUCCUGUGCUUUCAGUGCAACAGGGUCAGUGUGACUGGACACUUGGGAAGAAUUAUUUUUAACCAACACUAAGGUGCUACAGUUAUGUAUACUUAAUCUUUUUUGAAGAAAAACCAUGCAGAAAUGCACUUGCAUAAGAUUAGGUCAAUUUUUAUUUCAGUAUAGUAUGUAUGUGUAAAUUGCUCGUCUGUGCAUCCUAUAAUUUGGGGUGAUUUUUAAGUGUACUUUAAAUCCAUGUUGAUGUUCAGCAAGUAUCUUCUAAUCCACAUCGGUUCGCAUGUGAAGGUGUGCCACAGACGCGAGUCGGGGACAGUGUGGCAUUAAUGCUCUCUGUGGAUCUGAGUGCAAGUAGCCCAGUGGGUACUGGGCUGCAGUGCAGCUGUGCUGUGUGGCACUGGAACACGUGUUCCGUCAGGGGUACGGAUCCUUCUAAUGCCACCUGCACUGGUAACCAAUAGAAUUGCAUUCUUACCACAGGGAAUUAAAUCAAAAGCAUUAGGAUAGAUCCAGCACGGUUUUGUAGUAUCUUUUUUCAUUACAAUAAUUGGAGCAGCAUGGAGGUUUGAACUAUGUUGCAUAGCCUACCUUGCAACCUAUAGACAGUAAAUGUGGACUGAACAAAAAUACUAAUUGGGGACCGUUUGUAAGGAACUAGUUUUUUUGUAAUGCUCCAUAUCUCUCAUUUCAUCAUUUUUAUAAUUUGACAAUGAUGCACUUAAUUGAUGAAGGCUAAAUGAUUCCAUUAAUCUUGCCUGUUGUGCUCUGUCAUUCGCUAUAGGGGUCUCUUGUGCAAUUUUCAUUAGCUUCCUUACCUAUAGCCCCCUUUAGGUAUAUGAAAUUAGAUUGUUACAACUCUUUGUACAGACAUGCACACUGUUAGCGAAUACCCUUAAGAUGAAACCCAGCGAACUACCUUCAAAAUUGAAAACUACCAAAGCUUUAAUUCCGGGGCAAUAGGAGGGAUCGGAAAAAAUCUUACUCCCUAAAAGUGUUUUGAAUCGCGAGCUCCAAUCUGGGAAACUAGGGGAUAAAAGAACUCUUGCUUACAAUCAUGUGUUUUUUUAGUGUUACUUUUCAUUUGUUUUUGUUUUGUUGUGGAGAUGUCAAGCCCCUAGUGUAAGCUGGUGUUGCGUACCCUUUUGUAUUAGUAGACCUCAUCUUGAAGUUUAUUUUGUGUAGUAGAAUAGAAAUGGCCUUGUAGCACUUUGCCUUUGUCUCCCGUCCUUUACCAAAAUGUUGUGGUCACCAGCAAGCUAGCUGAAACUGCUAUGCAAGCAAAAAAAAAAAAAUAUAUAUAUAUGUAUGUAGUAUUUGUAGCAAAGAAAUUCCUAUUCCCUCCCCAAUUCCUCCAUGCUCCCAAACACCUGCGUGUAUCUUUACUGGUGUCAGCAGCCUCAAGCCUGCGGAUGAUUGUGCAAUCGUACUGACUGAGAAAUGCUGCCUGAAAUUAUUUUUAUUGUUUAAAGGCCUGUUUUUAGUAAUGGCACCCAAAGCAAAGAGCAGGGUGUGAUAGAUCUGCACUGUUAAAGAGGUGGUUUUGGUACUAUUUUAAUGAUCUGUGGAAAAUAAAGAAGGAAACCAUGCACAUGGAUUUGAAAGGUUGUGUACGAUGCAGUCGUUGGAGACGGUCAUUUUCAGGGGUCGGCACCGUGUCGCGGCAUAAUCUUGGCUACGGACAAACAAAACUGAGUUCUACACAAUUCCGUGCGUGUUGGACUGCCAUGGACAUGGAUAACUCUUGCCACCGUCAUGCGUGUCCAUGUACGGACAAGUUGCCGACCCCUGGUCUUUUAAGGCAUUUCUUUAAGCACUUGUUUUGUAUAGAUAUUUUUCCGAGUCGGUUAAAUAUCGUGCCAAAGCCUGAACCCCCGUGAAAUAAAAAUAUAUUUAUGUGGCACUUUGAACAAAAAAAUGUUAAAACCUCUAUAUACCAUAGAUAGUGUUUUAAUUGUAUUGUAAGAAAUGGUUCUCUCCUUGAAUGGAUCACGUCCAUAGUAAUCGUUCUACCAGCUGGCAUAGAGUUAACUGCUCCAGUGCCAACUGAUUUUAAAACUGCCUCCUAUUGCUACCCGGGGGUGGAUGGUUAUAGGCAAUUAUACUACUAGUGUUUGUAAAAUAAAUUAAUUAAUUAAUAAAUACAUGCAUUUAAAAAAUCUAAUUUCUGGUUUUAAUUUGUUUAAUCAUUUCUACAUAUUCUACAGAAUAUUUAAAGCAUUCUAUGUUUUUUGGUUUUUUCUUUGUUUUUUUUCAUUAUUCAUAUGCUUGAAUUUCAAUGCCUUUUCAUAGAUGGCUCUCUAUUACAACCACUAAAGGGGCUUCGUGGAGAGCUGGUCCCUCGCAGAGCAGAAUCUUCAAUAAAACUCUGCUCUCUCUAAUCCCUUCCAUCUUUGUUUUGAAAACGCUGAUGGAGAUGAUUAGCCCAUGUUGGUUCCUUUCUGAACAUAUUUAAAUUGCAGAGCUUUUCACUGUGCAAUGUGAGAAUCAAUUUGUAAUCUGUGACCAGACACAGAUGACCCCCUCUAUUAAUCUUCUUAUGAGUGGAUAGGGUGGGGGCAAGGGUGCGUAUUAGUACCAAAACAGUCCAGCACCCGUUUUUUGCUCCCCUGCUGUACAGUUAUUGCUGGGCUCCGAGUUUAGGGUUGCCUGAGGGUACUCGGUCCUGUAUGCCAGCAGGAGUGCGGUGGAGCGAGAUCGCCUGAUCCACGUCCCUGUCUUGACUAGUUAAUAAACCCCUCUGUGUUCUACAUGCAUGUUACCAGUUUCUGCUUCAAGUUUCUUGCAGAAGGAUGAGGAGUGGAGAGACUGUAGAAUUAUUUACUGUGCAUCUGUUCCUGUUUGGCACAGGUUUUUUGUUUUUUUUUCUAAUCUUUUUGAGGCAUUGGAAAGGGAUAUGCCAAGUUGUAUUAGUGUACACAGGUAUAAAAGCAGGUUGGUGUAGUAUGUUUGAAGCAGCUCUUUUGGCUGUUGCACUAAUUGGAUGGUUUUCAGACCCUGUUGCCGCUAUAACCUUCUGCACUUGUAAUCUUUCUAAAGUAGAGAAAGUGAAACCUGGCUGAUAAUUGCCCUCGUGAGCUCUGACUGACGAAGGAAUGCACGAUUAUAGUUUCCUUGCCUCUGCUGCACGAGUGGUUUUCUCUCCAGCAAGCGCUGGCCCCCGGGGGUGGGUUUGCUCAGCUGCAUCACGCUGUAAAUACAUUGUUUUUGCAGUGCGGUUUUAUUUACAGUGAAAUAAAUGGCGUCUGUAAGAA